CCUUCGUUAGAAACAAAGGUUACACUACUCAACCAAGCUUCGAGUCAAAACUUGGGUGUAGUUGAACUUGAUUCAAAUUUAUACGAUGAAUUCGUUGCUAAACCUAGAAAUUACUCUAUGGCUAUACUUCUAACAGCCUUAGAUCCACAAAUUAAUUUCGCAAGGAGCUGGUUAGAAUCUGGGGACGAACCUUCCCGCUUAUAUUUUGGUGUUUUAGAUUUUAAAAAUGGUCGGGAGGUUUAUGCCAAACUCGGUUUAAAUAAUGCACCUACUUUGUUCUAUUUUUCACCAACCACUGGUCCAUAUGCUAAAGACGUUUCUGAACCUUACAAAUACGAAUUCAACAGACAGUAA